UAUCUCCAAGUCACAACUUCACAAGGCGCUGACCGACGGCCGACGGGUGUUUGUGUAGUGGUGUACACAUGCAUUUACUCGUUCAUCUCUGUCUCUCUUAGUCUCUUGUGUCUGCUCUCAUAUCCUGUUUUUAUAGUGUGUUGACACUUUUGAGUUCAGAUUUGCGAUUUGCUCUUUGUAAUUGCUACUCGCUAGCUGUAUCACCAGCUCAAGCCUUUGUCGCUGCAAGAUGUCUGUGGCGAUCAACGAGGGGGCCUCCACCUCUGCCGGUAUGUCGGAGUACGAACUCUUGCGACAAGAGAACAUGAAUAAACUGCAGCACGAGGUGGGUGAUAUAUUAAGUGAUGCUCUGCAAUGUGCUCAGAACCUUAAAAAAAAUUUGCGAUUCCGAAGUGGAAGAAGGGCAGCUCAUAUACCUGGGCUACGAGUGAAAUUAUUCUCUAAACUGGAAAAAUCAUCAAAAGCGAAGAAGGCUCAAGAAGAAAAUAUCCGCCGAUCAUCACGUUCUAAAAAAAAGCAAAUUUAUUAUGAUUCUAAAGAUGAAAAUAAUGGUGGCAAAAACAAAAAACGCCGACUGAAAUUUAAACAACAGAAAAAGUUUUCUUUGCGUAAAUCCAAAGUUUCAAAACAAAAAAUUAGCAGAAAAGUAUCUCGAUUGGAUGUAUCUCUUGUAACACAAGAAAUGAUAGACAACAUAAAUUACCGAUCUGCAGGAAAAAAAUAUAGUACUGAAAAAGGGACCACUUGUCACCAAUGCAGGCAGAAAACUAUGGAUCAAAAAUCGUACUGUCGGCACAAGAGUUGCAAAGGUAUGAGAGGUAUGUUCUGUGGUUUUUGUUUGGGUAGACGAUAUGGUGAAGAUGUAGCUGAUGUUUUAUUGAAUCCGACAUGGGCAUGUCCACCAUGUCGCGGUCAAUGUAACUGCAGUAUUUGUAGGCGAGAUCAGGGCAAAGAUCCAACCGGACAAUUGGCUCAAGUAGCUAAAGCUAAUGGAUAUAACUCUGUUUGCGAUCUAUUAAAGACAAUAGAAGGAGAACCCAGUGAACCGCAAAACAGUAAUUCUGUAGAGAACCACGCUGAACUUCAGGACAGAGAUGUAGUUGUUUUUACCGAUAUUCAGUCAAAGACUGAUCAUUUUAAUGACGAGGCUGUACUUGAUGAACAUAAGACUGGAAACAAGGUGGAGAAGUUAAAAUCAAUGAAAAAAGAUGAAGAGCAGUGUAACUCUAAAAAUGAUAUAGAAGAGCAUAGAGAAACUUCAGAAAUGAUUAUUGAUAAACUUUUUAAGAAAUUAAUGUCGUCUUCGUUAUUAGAAGAAGAGAACUAAAAAAAUCUGAACAAUAUUCCAAUUAUAAGCAGCAAAUAGCCAUAUAACUUACUAAUAAUAUUACCUUAUUUUAUAAAUAAUUUUUUUUUUCAACUUGCAUCUUGGUUUAUUUUUUUACCUGGAGUUAUAGUUAAAAAGUAACAAUUUAAUUUAAACUGUAAUAAAAAUGACAGUUGAUACAUUCUAUGUAUGUGUAAAAUGAUUUUUUGACUUUACUAUUAUGUGUUAUUGACAAGUGCUCAUAAUUAAUUUUCUAUCAUCAUAUAAAUAUACAUGUAUCUUUUUUUUUGCUUAAAUAUUUUCAUAUAUUUGU